AGACCUUUGUAUUUUUUUUUUUAUAAAUUCUUUCUAAAUUUUAUUCUCACAUUAAUCCUAAUAAAACCACACUGUCUUUACUCUGUUUUUGUUUCUUCUCUACUCUGUUUCUUCUUCCAACAUUGAACCCACAAAAAAAUAAUACUUAUCGCCUUCUUCUCUCUGAAAAACUGAAAACUUUAUCAAAAUGGCUUCAUCUUCAUCACUGUUAUCUCCAUCUUCGUAUACAGAGCUCAAAGAUGCUUGGCAUCCAUCAACAACAGCGGUGGACACAACUGAAUCAAGCUACUGGUUUAAUUGGAGGGUAAUGAUAUGCUGUGUAUGGAUGGCUGUAGCCACUGUGAUCACUGCUUUUCUUAUAUUCAAAUACGAAGGUUAUCGCCGGAAACGAAGCAGUGACGGUGAUGCCGACGGAGGAGAGAAAGAGUGGUCGGGAAAUGUAUAUGAAGACGAGACUUGGAGGCCUUGUCUUCGUAAUAUUCAUCCAGCUUGGCUUCUUGCUUUUCGAGUCGUUGCCUUCUUCGUUCUUCUUAUUAUGUUGAUUGUUAUUGGCCUCGUCGAUGGACCGACCAUCUUCUUCUACUACACACAGUGGACUUUUGCUCUGAUCACUCUCUAUUUUGGAUUAGGCUCGCUUCUUUCGCUCCACGGAUGUUACCAAUACAACAAAAGAGCAGCUGGUGAUAGAGUAGAUAGCAUUGAAGCCAUAGACUCAGAGAGAGCAAGAUCCAAAGGAGCUGAUGAUUCUAUUCAACAGAGCCAAUACUCUAGUCAUCCAGCUGUAAAGAGAGAACGCAUCCAAAGAACUACGGCAAUAAUAUAA